CGGUUGUUCAGUCAGACGUCACGGAUGACGUUGCAGGUAUUUCCGGGUCUAAGUGCUCCUCAAGAAACAACGAUGGCGGAGCCAGUGACUUUGUUCACGAUUACCUCCUUCUUUAGCGAAGUACCAAUUAGGGUUAAAAAGGGUCUUAAUUCCUUCAACUCUAGUAAAGUGGUCAGUGUAACCGUUCUCCCAGGCGGAAUUAUAAAGGGAAGUGUCCAGGCAUCCAUGAAAAAGAAGAUUUACAAUGUUGAGGUGAGCUAGGAGUAAGCUAGCUAGCCGACGAUUAAACAUGAGAUAUUCUGUAUUCUGAUGUAUUUCAUAAAGCACACACACGUACAGCAAUGCUAUAACAGUGGAAGUAAACGAAGAUGAAAAUCUACAUAACAUGGAGGUUUUGGAGAGUUAGUAAUGUUAGCCUAGUACCAGUUAUAUUAGCCUAGUUAACCUAGUACCAGUACACAGAGCAGCGCUGCAAGUGUUUGUUAGAAUGUUUAGGGUAAGCAUUAACUUUCUUUCAAUGUAGGUGCAUGUUGAGGGUCAGUCAGUCAGGUUCAGCUCCUGUGAGUGCCCGAUUGGCAAUGAUAAGUGCCAUCAUAUGGCGGCAUUGUUGAUUUGGGUGGAGAAGAAUGUGUCUCGCACUGACGUGGAAUGUGUGUGGAAGAGGGUAAAAUCAUGCAAAGCAGAAGAAAUUACUGCCAAGAGAGUGUCUGUGAUGACACCCUCAACAACACAAGCUGGAAUCGAAAGACCUGUCUCCCAGGAGGACAAGGAAUGGGCAGUGGCAUCCCUAUCGAAAUUGCAACGUUUUACUGGGAUGGGUUGGAUUUUGAGUCCUGAAUGCUCUCAGGCUAAACCAGCCAAGACAUUUGAUGAAGUGCUGAGGAACCUGGGAUUUCCCCAAGCAGAAGACAAGUCUCGUUAUCUCUUGGCAUCACUGGCUGUGUCUGACGAAGAGAAGAAACAGAUUGAGGAAGCAACAGUUGGGCAAACGAAGAAUGCAUUGUGGUCAGCAUAUCGCAAGAAGAGAAUCACAGCCAGCAACUUCGGUUUGGUCCUGAGUGCAGUCCAGCGGCGCUCAUACCCCCCUUCCUUAUUUAAGACUCUGCUUGGACAGUACAACCUGACAGAAGGAUCUAAAGCAUGUGAUUGGGGGAUCCUUCAUGAGCCAAAGGCCAAGCAGUUGUACACUGACUGUACUGGUGCAGCUAUCAAGGAGAGGGGACUGUUUUUAUCUAACAGUGGCCUGCUUGGUGGUUCUCCAGAUGGGACUGUCUCUAAUGAGUGCAUCAUUGAGGUGAAAUGCCCAUGGUCAGCCAGAGCCAAAACUGUAUUGGAGGCUGCAGAAAGUAAGGACUUUUUCCUACAGCUGGAUGAGGCAAGUGGUUCCCUGGUAUUAAAAAAGAAUCACAACUACUGGCAUCAGAUCCAGGGCAACCUCUAUCUCACAGGGGCGAAAAGCUGUCACUUUAUUGUUUGGACUCCAUGUGACUUUUUCAUCUUGCAUGUGGAUAGAGAACAAACUUGGGCUGUUAACAUUGAAGCGUUGGAAACGUUCUACCGGGAAGUUUUUUUACCCCAUAUUUUAUCGCAGCUUUGAAUUCAUAUCAGCAUGAGUAAUUUAUCAGUCCAAAUGUUUAUAGUUAAUUUUAAAACUAUUUGGAAAUUGUACAUUUUUUGUCAUUGUAACUUUGUAAAUAUAUUCAGAUAAAUUCUUAAAUUAUAUUAAUUUUUGAUUUGAAAAAAUAAAAUGUUUUGGACAAACUGUUCCUGAAAAUAAAGAGUAAUACAUGUAUCUGGUAUUCUUCAUUUUAAUUGAAAAUGCAUAGCAAGAAAACUAGGCAGUAAUCAGGAAGCUGGAAUGGAAUGAAAAAUGUAACAAGCCAUUGAUAAAAACAGAGUAAAACAUUAUACGAAUCACAAAUGAGACCAUUCUCAAUUUGAAACUAUGCAACUAAGUUGUUUUUAUGUUGUAACAUCCUGAGUAUACACACAAAACAAUCCAGAACACUUAGGAGUUAUAAAUAAUAAAAGUAAACUUAUUCAACAGUUGUGUUUUCUGGUCCACAAGUAGUUAGAAAAUGACACAAUCUACUUUUACCUCUGAACUCUCACAGGUAUAAUUUAUUCAAUUUCACGGAGAAUAGGUGUUUGUAAAUUUGUAAGACACACACAUGCUUUCAAGAUCUUAUUAAUAUUUUUUUUGAACUGAUAUGGGAUGUGAUGCAAAAUUGAGAAAACUUUCAGUCUUUGAAUGGAACGCUCUACAUGUAUUCUUGCACAGGAAAUCUUCCUGUUGUUGUUCACUUCCUCCUGUGUGAAUUGUCCGUUGGUGAGGAAGGACGGAAUGUUCAGUGAGACCCCUUCUGGUAGGAUGUCCCGAAUUGUGAAGCCCUUAUCUGCAAUGACCAUGUCACCUGGUUGUAGAUGUUGCAGUACUCCACAGUCAGCUGUUAUGGCCUUAUCUGAGGCACUUCCACCGUACAAGUUGCUUACAAAGGUUAUUACACCAUUAGGAGCCACACCAAUUAGAGCCUUUAGUGUGGUCCGUCCUUUGUACUGGCUGUACAAAUGACUUUGUGUGUCAAGUCUCUCUGUGUUACAAACAGAAACUUCCGUGCAGUCAAGCACAAUCCUGCAGUUAGCAAAUGGUUGGAAGCAAUCUGGCAGUGAUGUUUGAUUCUUGGCUCUCGAGGGAAUGUUGUUUUCCAGCAUGCCAACAUACAAAAUGUCAUACAGUGCACUAACAAUUGUUGUAAAAAUAUUAGUUACUGUGCCUCUGCUGCAGUUAAACCUUAUUGAAAGGUCUUCAUGACCAAAAUUAAGUUUGAGCUUCACCAGGGUUAGAAAUAACUGGUCAAUUAGGGGCAUCAUUUGGACAGUCCAAUCAGAAUGAUAUUUAAGAUCAAAUCUGGAAAGAAGCGCUUCUAAAAACAGGACAGAAGCAGCAUCGGGCAA